UGUGCAGAGGAACUGAGCAGUGAAACAGGAUGUGCUGCCAUCUACUGUCCUGAGCACAUAAGCCUGCUGUAAACACUUGAGUUGAGCAUGUUAGUUUUUGUUACAGUCUUCCAUAUAAAUCCAGCAUGGACGGCGAUACUAUCAAGUUGUUAGUGAAGCUCGUGAUCGAGGGCCGGCUGAGCUCUGUCCAGGAACAGGUGACUUCCGGCGGGUCCGAGGCGGCCCACAUGCUCAGCAGCAAACAUUUGGGCCGCUCGGGAGACACUCUGCUGCAUUAUGCCGCCAGACACGGACAUGUGGAUAUUGUGGAGUACCUCAUAACCCAACUGGGCUUCGAUGUGGACGUGUGCAACAACGACUAUAAGACGCCGCUGCACGAAGCUGCUUCUAUGGGUCACAAGGAAUGUAUCCGCCACCUGCUUCAGGAAGGAGCCAAAGUGGACAGUUUGAAGAAAUCUGACUGGACUCCUCUCAUGAUGGCGUGCAAUCGGAAAAACCUGGAUGUGAUUCAGGAGCUGCUGGAUCACGGUGCCGACCCUGCGCUGAGGAACAAGGAUGGCUGGAACUCCUUCCACAUUGCCUGCAGGGAGGGAGAUCCUCUAGUGGUGGAGCAUCUGCUUCUUGUUUUCCCUGACAUAUGGAGGACGGAGAGCAAGACACGCAGAACGCCGCUGCACACUGCAGCAAUGCAUGGCUGUGAAGCAGUUGUAAGGGUUUUGUUGGAUAGGUGCAGCUACACCCCAGACAGCAGAGACAGCUGUGGAGUCACUCCUUUCAUGGAUGCCGUUCGGAAUGGACACAUCUCCGUGGCCAGGCUGCUUUUGGAGAAACACCAGGCAUCACCGAUGGCAGCUGAUAUACUAGGGGCUCAGCCGGUGCACCAGGUCGCUGUCACUGGACAGGAGGAGGCGCUCCGAUUUCUGGUGGGGGACCUCAAAGUGGAGGUGAAUCAGAGGGCGACUGGCAUCCAGAUCACUGCGCUGCAUUAUGCCGCUAAGGAGGGUCACUCAUCCAUCAUCAAGACCCUGGUGGAGCUGGGAGCAGACCUUCAUGCUCGAGACAAAAAGGGACGAACUGCUCUUCAUAUGGCUUGCAUCGGGCAGCAUGCAGAGACGGUCAGGACGCUGCUGCUGCUUGGUCUGAAAGAUUCCCCGGAUGCUUCUGGAACAAUGGCCCAACAGCUCGCUAAAAAACCUGGCGUAGUUCAAGCUUUUGAAUGUGUCUCACCAGAGGGAUCUUAGAAAUUUCUGCUGCAACUUUUUCUUCAUGGUUUCCUUGAGUAAAGGAAAGAGUCCAGCGGAGACUGAUCCGAUCAGCUUGAAUGGGAUGCUUCCGGACGACUUGAUGUACUUGGACCUUGUUAAAUCCUUAAAUAGUUUCAUUGAAAGAAUAUAGUGUUGAGAAUAAAGUUGAAGAGGUAAGGCAUUUUAGAAAAUAGGGCCAAGAUUUGCUUUAAAAACAAAUAAAUACCUAAAAGCUGAAGACUUUGAGUGGAAUGGGAAUUACUUAUAUCUACAUUGAGAUGUUAUUCUAAAGGUUAAAAGUGUCACGCAACAGGACAUUUAGAGGCUAACUCCACUCUUUGCUUGGGAGAAAGGGAUCCGUGACUCAGUGCUAAAAUGAUGCUAGCAUCAUAAGCUAAUAAAGGUUAGUGUACUAAGCAAA